UCUCACCUCCAGGUUCGGGCUACCUCUUCCUCCUGGGGCUGCCGCUCCCUGCCACAUGAAGCUGUUUAUUGUGGUGGCGUGCAGUUGCAGUUGUGAAGUGGUUUAUGGAGGGGGCAUCGGGUGGUGAUUUUAGUCAUUGCCCUUCUGAAUGAUGGUCUAAGCUUCAUCAUACUGCAUGCCAAGCACCUGCCCCACCCAUCCCUCCUCCCCCAGUGUAGGAGCCCUGUAACAUGAUUCCACUGCUCUGUUUGUAAUUUACUGUAACGUGUCCAUCAAACACAAAUGCCCCCCUGCAGAUCUGUGUAUUAAUUGCACAACUGUUUUUAAUUGGACUCAUGUUGUUUUAAUGAAGUGGCUGCCUAGAGCAGUUUCACAGGUUCCUGUGAAUUGGGGGGGUGCCAGAGAGAAGCUGGUGUUACUAGAGGGAGCUGAAACUGGUUUUUGCAGCCUUGGCUGUUCAACUUUGUUUCCUUAGACUACUGAAUAAAACGAAAAAAAAAACACACACAGAACCAUAUUGACGUUGUAAGCUGGUGAGUAAUGAACCUUUUUAAGCCAGACAGACAGCGCGGGCUGAACAAGCAGUGGAGCCCAGACUGAGAAGCAGAGCUGAUCCUGGGGUUUCCUGAGCGGGAUGUGGCUGCGUUGAGAUCGAGUGUGUGGACACGGGAGCAGUCUGGAGCAGUCACGCGGCCUCGGGGCACUCUGCAUGACAGCUUGAACCCCACAGAGCAAGCUCUUCCCACUCGUGCUCCUCUUGCUCAGCCGUCGCUGGUCCGUGCCGUGGUCCAUGCGCCCCGUGUGCAGCGUUCAGCCUGAGCGGCCACUAUGCUCUCGCUCCCCCCGCUGAACGGUGCCGUCGCAGCAGCAGCGUGCCAUGACCAGCCGAACGCAGACCGAGCGCAGUGCGGGGGGAUCCGUGCUCGCCACCAAUGAGUUCCACACGCGCCACCUGCGGCUGCCCAAUGGUCCGGCGCCACCCCUGCACAGCGAGAGCACCCACCCUGCCACACGGCCCGGGGUGCCCAAAAUGGGAGUGCGGGACCGGGUGGCUGAUUGGCCCCCUCGGAAAGACACGCCAGGGGUGUGGUCCGUCUCCAUGGACUCAGAACCCCCAAGCGCGGUGACUGGGGGCCCAGGCAGUCUACCAAACAAACCGGGUCUCCUGAUGAGCCCACAGGACUCCUCUAUGCUGCGCAACAUUCAGAAAACACUGAAGAGCAAGACGCAGGAUACUGGCACGGCUACCACCACUGACCCCUCCUACCUGUCCCCUGAUGGGUACCACGGGGCUCCACGAAGGACCGUCCGGCGCGUCCGGCAGCGGAGCAACAGCGACAUCACUGUUGGAGAGCUGGAUGGCGACGGCGACAGCCUCGAGGACUGGGAUGCCUCCGGCUACAAGUGGUCGCCGAUCCACCGGGAAUACGGCAGCACAUCCUCCAUCGACAAGCAUGCCGCUGGCGAGAGCUUCUUCGACAUGUUGAAGGGCUACCAGGGCGACAAGCCUGACCAGCGCAGCCCAGCACCGGAGAAACUCGGAGACCUAUUGACCGCCAGCCACAAGCAGGCUGGCCUGGACGUCCCGGAUGGGCCUGUGCUGCCCACAAGGGGGAGCCCUUCCGGUCGAUCGAAGGACAAGCCCAUGAAGAGGCGAACCAAGUCGGAGAUCGGUGGGGACUCAAUAUUCCGCAAGCUCCGCAGCUCACGCGCUGAGGGGGACUCGUCCAGAGCGGGCUCGGACGCUGAGGACGGCCGCUCGGAGGACGGCACCUCUGCCUCACACAAGCCGUGGGUCUGCCAGAAGGGCUUCGCUCACUAUGAUGUCCAGAGCAUCCUGUUUGACCUCAACGAGGUGGUGCCGAGCAGGCAGACGGCUGUCAGGCCCCGAAAUAUGACCACAGGCGCCUCAGCUGCCGGCAGCCUGCUGGACUCUGGAGAUGGCAAGAGCAACGAGCUGGUGCUCAACUGCCCCUGCUUCCGCAAUGAGAUCGGCGGCGAGGGCGAACGCACCAUCAGUCUGUCCAAGCUGGGCAGCAUUGGUAGGGGGGGUAUCGUGGUCACCGGAGACGGCAACCCCUGCGAGUCGUCCCUCAGCUCCCACUGCACCAACGCUGGGGUAGCUGUGCUGGAGAUGCAGAAGGAUGGGCAGGGUCUCCACAGCGAGCGCAGCAAACGCUACAGUGUGGAGCAUGUGGACCUGGGCGCCUACUACUACAGGAAGUACUUCUACGUCAGAGAGCACUGGAACUACUUUGGGAUGGAUGAGUCACUGGGACCAGUGGCGGUGAGCAUCCGCAGGGAGAAGCUGGAAGAUCACAAGGAGCAUGGCCCGCAGUACAACUACCGGAUGAUCUUCCGAACCUGCAAGCUGACCACACUCCGGGGGUCGAUCCUGGAGGACGCUGUGCCCUCCACCUCCAAGCAUGGCAUCGCCCGUGGGCUGCCCUUAAAGGAGGUAUUGGAGUACUUGGUGCCGGAGCUGAACACGCACUGCCUGCGGCUGGCCCUGAACACGCCCAAGGUCACGGAGCAGCUGAUGAAGCUGGACGAGCAGGGGUUGAGCUUCCAGCUGAAGGUGGGAGUCAUGUACUGCCAGGCAGGCCAGAGCAGUGAGGAGGAGAUGUACAACAACGAGUCAGCGGGCCCCGCCCUGGAGGAGUUCCUGCAGCUGCUGGGGGAGCGCGUGCGCCUCAAGGGCUUCUCCAAGUACCGCGCUCAGCUCGACACCAAGACGGAUUGCACUGGCACUCACUCCCUGUACACUACCUACAAAGACUAUGAGAUCAUGUUCCACGUGUCUACCAUGCUGCCUUACACGCCCAACAACAGACAGCAGUUGCUGAGGAAACGGCAUAUUGGGAACGACAUCGUGACCAUUGUGUUCCAGGAGCCCGGUGCCCAAGCCUUCUCGCCUAAGUACAUCCGCUCACAAUUCCAGCAUGUGUUCAUCGUAGUGCGCGUACACAACCCCUGCUCGGAAAACACCUGCUACAGCGUGGCUGUUGCCCGGUCCCGUGUUGUGGCAUCGUUUGGCCCACCCAUCCCCAAGGGUGUGACCUUCCCCAAGUCCUCGGUCUUCCGGGACUUCCUGCUGACCAAGGUGAUCAACGCGGAGAACGCCGCUCACAAGUCUGAGAAGUUCCGAGCCAUGGCUACACGGACGCGGGAGGAGUAUCUGUGUGACCUGGCUGAACAGCAUGUGACCAGCACUCCUAUCGACCCCUCUGGCAAAUUCCCCUUCAUCUCGCUGGCCCAUAAGCGGCGGGAGAAGAGCCGGCCCUAUGUUGGUGCCGAGCUGCGGAGCCCCGGAGCUAUCACCUGGCCCGUGCACAUGGAAGACCUCAGUGCUGGAGGCGAACUGGAGGGCCUGCUGGGCGUCUCCAACGACGCCCUCAUCCUGCUCGACCUUGAAGCCAAGACUGUGGUCUUCAACUGUUCGGUGCGCGACGUGAUUGGCUGGACCCUGGGCAGCCCAGCCUCCAUGAAGAUCUUCUACGAGCGAGGCGAGAGCAUAUCGCUGCGCUCCUUCAACAACAAUACAGAGGACUUCCGGGAGGUGGUCAAGCGCUUGGAGUUCCUGACAAAAGGCUGUGAGACCACAGAGAUGACUCUGCGACGGAACGGCCUGGGCCAGCUGGGCUUCCACGUGAACUAUGAAGGCAUCGUGGCAGAGGUGGAGCCCUACGGUUAUGCCUGGCAGGCAGGCCUGCGGCAGGGUAGCCGCCUAGUGGAGAUCUGCAAGGUGGCUGUGGCCACGCUCUCUCAUGAGCAAAUGAUCGAUCUUCUACGUACGUCGGUCACCGUCAAGGUGGUGAUCAUUCCACCGCAUGAGGACUCCAGCCCUCGCAGGGGCUGCUCGGAGCUAUACCGCAUGCCAGUAGUUGAGUACAAGAGUAACGCGGAGAGCUCCAACUUUGAGUACAAGCUUCCCUUCCGCAACACCACCAACAAGUGGCAGCGUAACACGUCGAGUCCCCAGCAAACGCUGUCAGCCUCACCUCAGGGUCACGUGAGCGCGCCACGUGCCGUCAGCAUGGGGGGCAGCAUUGAGACGGGCUCUAUGGAACGUCCUGACCGGGCUGCCAUGAUGCCUCGCAGUGUGUCCAGUGAUGGGCGACCCCUAGAACCCAAAGCGGUAAGGAGCGCUGACAAACAGGCAGCUGGCCAGAUUGUGGUCCAUGUUGUGUUUUUACUCCUCUCUCUUUUUCAUCCUUUCUUACCCUCCGUCUGCCCCCAUCCACCGCUUUUCAGUUUUUCCCCGGGAGCAGAUAACUAUGCCCUGGCUUCUUCCGUGGUCAUGGGCCGCUCCCCACCAAGCCGGGCCUCUCCCAGCAACCUGUCCUACUCCAGUGACACGGGUUCCGGAGGCUCCGCCCACUGGCGCCAGAAGUCCAUGCCUGAGGGGUUCAGCAUGAGCCGGCACUCGCCGCUCUCAGUGGAUAGGCAGAGUCUGGGGGAGACAGGGGGCAGCGGCAAGUCCACACCCAACUGGCAGAGGGCCGAUGAGACGCCUGGUUCCGGAAGCAGGGCCUCAGACUCGCCGGUCUCAAGGUCUGUCUCAUCCCACUCGGGGGUGCCCCGUAUCCAGCGGCAGGAGCAGGUUGUUCACCUGUCCCCCAACAAAACCAGCCAGGUGGAAGCCCCCUACUCCAGCCAUUCCAGCAGCAACACGCUGUCCAGCAAUGCUUCAAGUGGCGCCCACAGUGACGAUAAGUGGUAUGAUAUCGGAGGCGGCCCUGUGGAGCGGCCUGACUCGGAGACCAAUGGCUAUGCCACCGGCUACCUGCAGGGGGAGUCUGCGGACAGCGGCAUUGACGCCGCCUCUUAUGGACCUGCUCACAGCUCAGGCUCCCUGCAGGCCCCCUGCGGCCCAGGGUUCCGGGAAAAGGUACCGACCACCUGGCACAGCCCCACGGAUGGGGGCCGGCAAGUGCAGGAAUGCACCGAAGGCCUCACCAAGAGCCCCUCUACAUACCUGGUGCGGGAUUCCAGCUCCUACAACCUGAAUGACAUCACAUCCUAUUCCAGCACUCUGAGCUCCAGGCACUCUGCCAGCCCGGGGCUCCAGGGCUCCAGCCAGAGCUCCCCCAGGGAGGAGUCUGUGCCGGCCACUUCGCCUUCCUCUUCCUCCUCUCAGAGCUCCCUCUCACCGGGACCCAAGAGCUUCUACCCGCGCCAGGGUGCCACCAGCAAGUACCUUAUUGGCUGGAAGAAGCCAGGAAGCACCAUCAACUCAGGCUUUGGGGACACACGAAAGCGGCACCAGAGCGAGGACUUGGAGUCCGGCCAGCCACAGCUGACAGCCACCAUGCGGGACACGCAGUCUCCACAGCGCUUGGCUAAGUCCACCGUAGAGGAGGACCUGAAGAAGCUCAUCACGCUGGACAGCCCACCGCCGGCCUCCGGCGAGCACAAGCCUUCCUUUUCAGCCUCGGCCCCGGCACGCCGCUCUCUGCACCGUACCUUAUCAGACGAGAGCAUCUACAGUGGCCAGCGUGACCCGGCCUUUGGCCUUGACCAGCCAGCCUCGGCCGACGUGUUCUUCAGCUCCUCCACCGUGCCACGCUCCCCCACAGUGCGCGGGGCGCCCCUCCGCCGGCCUUCCUAUCUGCUGGGCGUCAAACUGCACGGAGACCUCUCGGCAUCUGAAACCUCCCUCACAGACCUGCAGGAGCGGAGGCGACUGCCAGUUCCGGACCCGGGCCUGAUACCGCUGCCAAAUGCAGAUGCUGAUAGUGGGCUGGACUGGUCCAACCUCGUCGAUGCCGCCAAGGCCUUCGAAGUCCAGAGGGCCUCACUGCUUGUCACUCAAGAUGUGAACCACCAGCCCAAAGGUGGCACCUCCAGUCCUCAGAAUGCUGAGUGCAGCCAGCAGCUCUUCUCCUCCCCAGGCGAGGCCCCCAUCACUCUGGCAGGGAAGAUCAGCCAGUUGGAGUCCAUGGUGAAGCUGCUGCAGGAUGACCUGAAGAAGGAGAAGCAGGACAAGGCAGUGCUGCAGGCUCAGAUCCAGAGCCUACGUGAGGACAACCAGCGUCUGCAGGAGGAGUCCCAGAGUGCCUCUGCCAAGCUCAAGAAGUUCACCGAGUGGGUUUUCAACACCAUCGACAUGAACUGAGGCCGUGCAGCAAAGGCGAGGGACCAGAGCAGCAGAGGCCUGCUGUCUCUACCUGGAAGGCCAGCGAGGGACCCAGCGUGCCUGAAGAUAUCACAGCCUUCUCUGGCUACCAGAGAGCUUGUUUACAUGUUCUCUCUAGCGCCUCCUACCUUUCCCCAGAAGAAAUGCGAUGCCUGUGUGCCAGUCUCCAAAGACACCCCCCUCCCCCUGAAUUUUUGUUCUUUCCAGAAUUUCCAGAAUUUUUGUUCUUUCCUGCUUCGACUCUUUCUGGAAGAUCUUCGCAUCUGGGCUUUUCUCAUCCUUCAGCUGGUCACUCUGCCAAUCCACAAGCAGGAUGAAUUUGACAGAAAUGGAGUCACUCACAGGCGAUCAGCCAGCAGGACACUGUCCACCUACUUUUUCCCCCUUGGUUGCUGCUUCCUGCCAGUUCAGCUCACUUCUGUGGCUGUAGAGCUUAGUGGAAGGUGAGGGAGUCCUUUGAAGGUGCCUUGGAGGACUUUCUCUGUAGUCUGUCUCUCUAUCCUCCCCCACCAAACACACACUCCAGAGUCACUGGAGAUCUUCUACCUCCAGCCUAAGUCUUGCAGAUGUCCCAGAAGCAGGCGAGAGUAUUCCCAUACCUCCUCCAGUUCAGUUUUUUAUUUUUUUUUUGGUGAGGGGGGUGGGGGAGUGCAGUGAGGAUGGGAUGGUUGACAUGGCCAGUGCAGAAACAUCUGUUCAGUGGCUAAGAGGGCUAUUUUAAUCCCACAAUGCACUGGACUGGUCACAACACACCUGCACAUUCCGAUACUCUUCCAUUUACCACAGGAAUAAAACUCAUCGAUGGGCCUAAUGUGAUAUGACAUUGUGGUAAUCGUAUGUUUUACCAAGUAAACUGAAGGUCUAUCAAAGCAGUAGACAGGGUUGUGAAAUUGAGUGUCUUUUAAGGUGUUUGUUUUAUUUUUUUGGGACCAUCGCUUAGUUUAUUUUGGGCCGACCUUCACUGCGUCUUGUUGCUUCUAAUAAUGCCGUCUGAAAAGUGGGAAGAGGUUUGUUUUUGGUACGAUGUACUGAUGAGAGUAAAAGGCUCGCUGUCCUUCAUUUCUUCCACCUCUAAGAACAUCAUUUCAGGUUUCUGGGAAAAUGCGGUUGGUGACUUUCACUACAGUUUUGGUUAAUUUAUUUUUUUUAAAUUGUAGAUACCUAGUGAUUUUAUGCAGAACACGUAUGUUAUAGGGGUCUUUUAUAUGAUCCAGGAACUUAUUUUAAAGGUUUUGUUAUUAAUAUCUCUUUUCCUGGUAUGCCUGUGAAGUUUGGAAAAAUCUUAGUGCCAUUUCCAAUGCUGCUUUCAUGUGGCUGCAGUGCCCUCUAGUGGUGUAAAAUAUGCGCAAAAUAUUAGUACAUUUGUUUGUUCGGACUAUCGAUGACGUAUAACGAAGGACGUGUGUUAUACUUGCAAUUAGUUUUUUUUUGUCUUCCAUCGCAUUUUUAAAUUGACGUCAGGCCUUAUCACCUGGAUUUAGGGAAUUGAUGAUGAGAAUAUAUGCGCAUGACGCAUGGGACCUUGACCUCAUUGCAUUAUUCCGGCCCUUCUGUGACCCUGGUGGUGUUCUGCCGAACAGCAGAUGCCAACAUUCCAGCAUGUGAGGUGGGAACAUCCUGGCAAGGAUAUGGGCCGAUCCGGUGGGGGGGGGGCACCACUCCCCUCCGCAGUCACCGAACAGCAAACUGUCUGAUGUGACACGUGCACGACACCGAGGGACUUUGUGUGGCUCAUUGGCCUGUGAAGACAGACUGCUCCCCCCCCCCCCAGUGCGUUUUGGAGGAAUUGGUCUAUGCUGCACAUCGUUUUAAGGAAGCCCCUUGACUAUGCUCAGCACACUACAGACCGGAAGGCUUACAGGCUGCCUUAAGAACAUUGAUGCCUGUGGGGCUCCUGCUUGCCAGUCAGCCCAAGAGGCCUGAGUAUUGGUUCUGUUCUAGGAAUCACGGGAGAUCUGAAGGCCUCCCCUGGGUUUCCUGUAGCUGCCAUGCUGUCCUCCGGUGGGCCUUGAGUCACUCGUAGGAUGCUUUCUCCUCGGCCAAUCCCUGCCUACUGGCCUCUCCAAAUUUGCACACACGCGUGUGUCAGCUUCUCCUCUUUGUAGGCGGUGAAAUAUUCCUGAGCUUUGGUGCCAUAAAGCUUUUCUUCUGAGUAACAGCGUGUGUGGUUUCUCUGCAGCCUACAGGAUAGCGCUGCCACCCGACUGGCGAAAACACCGAAAUGUGAAUGAUUGCUGAAUGUUCCCUUUUGCACAUUUUUUUUUUGUUCAAAUUAUCAUCAAAGUCUGUAAAAGUGAGGAGUGCCUGUGCUGAGACACUGAGCGCGGUUUGGCUUUUUCAUCUCAUCCUGGACAAGGACGUUCCUCCCCUUCUGUGUGUAUGAUGUAUCUAAAUCCAACGCCUUUUUCACCCCUUUGGUUUUCCACCCAUUGAAUGCUUUUUAAUUAUUUUUACAUGCACAUUUAAGAAUAAAAUUAACAAAAUGCUGUUUACAUAAUCUAUUAUUUUUCUUUUGUAAAUUGUAGAGGUUAAAGACCAUUUGCAGUGAUUGCAGUAUUAAAGUUUCUUUAAAACAUGCAAAA